AGUUCCGUUUCCCUUCAUUUUCACUUAUAACUCCAUCACUCUGCAGAUCAAUUUCGUUCUCAAUUAAACUCCAAAACAAAAAAUUACUACUUACCAUCACCUUUUUUUUUUUAUAUGGUCAACAUGAACUUUAAUUUUUUUAUCAACAUUUGGAGUUCGAUGUUUUUGUUAAUUGUUUUGGCUAGUAAAUUUGAGGCUCAACGUUACGUUACGUGGGACGAUAUUAAAAUGGACUUGGGUACUUUUGAUUUAACUGAUGAAAAUUCGCGCAAGUCUAAAGGAGUCAUCGUAGUCGAUUGGAGUGGUAAUGGAGACUCUGUUACUGUACAAGGUGCAAUUAACAUGGUCCCGGACUUUAGUUCUCAACGAAUCAAAAUUUUCAUUCGUCCUGGAAUCUACAGAGAAAAAGUGUUUAUCCCAUCUUCAAAGCCAUUUAUUUCAUUAAUUGGUGAUGAAAAUCAUCCUGGAAGAACAUUAAUUACUUGGAACUCCAAGGCAUGUGAUAAGGAUCAAUUUGGCAAUGAGAUAGGCACAAUUGCUACAGCCACAGUUGCUGUAGAAUCAGAUUACUUCUGUGCAACUGGCAUCACCUUUGAGAAUACUGUGGUUGCAUUGCCUCAGGACUAUAAUAUGCAAGGUGUGGCAUUGAGAUUAGCUGGUGACAAAGCAAUGUUGUACAGAGUUAGAAUUUUGGGAUCACAAGAUUCACUUUAUGAUGAAAUUGGAUCACAUUAUUUUUUCAAGUGUUACAUUCAAGGAACUGUUGAUUUUGUUUGUGGCAAUGCUACAUCACUCUUUCAGGGUUGUGAUCUUCAUUCAAUAGCUCUGGAUAAUGUGGGAAUAUCAGGAGCAAUUGCAGCACACCAAAGAGACUCACCUAAUGAAAAUAGUGGAUUCUCAUUUGUUAAUUGUAAAGUCACUGGGAGUGGCAGUGUACUUUUAGGCAGAGCUUGGGGAGAAUAUUCAAGGAUUAUUUACUCAAAAUGCUAUUUUGAUGGCCUUAUUACUCCACAAGGAUGGUCUGAUUGGGACCAAUUAUCAAGACAAGGGCAUGCAUUGUUUGGAGAAUACAAGUGCAAGGGAAGUGGAGCCAAUAGAGAAGGUCGAGUGCCAUGGUCUAAAUAUUUCAGUAAAGACCAAGCCCAACCCUUCUUGAAAAGAGAAUUCAUUGGUGGAAAACAAUGGCUUAGAAUUUAGUUUCAUUAUGAUUUAUGAAUUUGCAAAUUGCAAAAAAAAAAAAAAAAAAAAAAGGCUAAAUUGGCUUGUGAGAUUUUCAUUUUUAUAUUUAUAGGAAAGAUAUAAGAGUCCAUUUCCUUCAAGUUUGAUCAACCAUUUUGUGUCAUAGUAUGAAUGAAUUUUUCAAAAUUGGAUGUGAAAAAGUAUUGAGGUUUUUACUUAU